AUGGACGCAGUGUCUUCGCUCAAAGGCCUCUUUGAGAGCGGCAAAUAUGCAGAUCUCACGAUACGAUGUGGAGGAGCUGUACACAAAGUCCAUUGUGCGGUUGUGUGCUCCCGAUCGAAGUUUUUGGAAAAGGCAGUUGAUGGGCAAUUCAAGGAAGCAGCGCUACGUGAUAUCGACUUGUCGGAGGACGAGCAGCCCAUCGUCCGAGAGAUGAUCAGAUACCUCUAUACAGACGACUACGACCAUAAUCCUUACGAACAAGGCGGCUUGGCACCAGGUUACGAAUGUCAUAUUUCGCCAGAGGCUGAGAAUAGCUUGGCCAGUCCUGAUCAUCGUUUACUCGAUGGCACGAAUGAAGCAUGUUGUUUGAUGUUCCACGUCAAGAUGUACGUGGCUGGCGACAAGUACGACAUUCCAGGUCUUCGCACACUAGUAACAGAGAAAUAUCAACAUUGUGUCGCUGAGUAUUGGAACAGCACAACCUUCUCCCAUGCAGCCUUACAUUUAUGGGACAACACCGUGGAAUCGGAUCGUCAACUACGCAAUGUUGUCAUUCAAGCAGCACACGACAAUCUUGAUGAGUUGCUCGAUCGAGGCGAGUUUAGAGAUUUGAUGCAAAGCCGUGGAGACUUCUGCUUUGACAUUGUCCAUUGUCAAACUGUCUCGAGGACUCUCAUACUUUGGCAGUCGGUCUAA